GCUGAUCGUCAUUCUGCUAUAAACCAGUCAUAUUUACUUCUAGGAUUCAAACCGGUAAGCUGGGCGCUCGCGAAAUGAAGCGAGACCUUGAGGAUGCCUCGGAUCAGCCGGUGCGGAAGAGGGUACGGCAGGUGGACCGGAUAUCGAGUCUGAGCGAUGAGGUUCUGGUCCGGAUCCUGUCUUUCCUGCCGAUCGAGAGCCUUAUCCACACCCAAAAUAUAUCCCGUAAGUUCAACCGUAUCGGCGGCGAUUCACAGCUGUGGAAAGCGCUCUACUACGACCGGUUCGUCCGCCCGCGCGCGUCCCGCAUCCCGAACCUGAAAGAGUCGGAGCGCGUCUCGGAGCAGUUACAUUUCUCCUCGAAGAUCUCGAAAUGGCUGGACGAGGAGAAUCUGGUGAAGCGAGGGACGGAGACGAACUGGAAGCGGCAAUACAAGCUGCGGCAUAACUGGGCGAAAGGGACCUGUAACGUCGCGGAGCUCGAGGUGUCGGAGGAACCGCCGGUCCCGUCGUUGCUGGUUCGGUUCCACAAGGGCGUUAUAUACACGGUCGACUCGGUCGGCGGGCUGCGGGCGUUUUCGGCGAAGACGAGGCAGCGACUGCUAGCGUGCUACAAUCUCCAAGACGAGGAGCGAAAUCCGCCGACGGCGAUCGCGGUGGACGCACAGGAUACCCAGGAUGGGGCGCACAGAAUUACCAUCGGGUUUCAGAACGGUCGAUUUUCCGUCUACGAACAUUCGAUCCGCUCCUCGACACUCUCCCCAGUAUACACCCACCCCCCAUCAAGCAACGGCGCGAUCACAGCAGUCGCGCUAUCCCUACCAUUCAUCCUCACCCUCUCCUCCACCCACCUCCUCUCCCUCUACCGCUUCCCUUCCCCCUCUCCCCUCUCCUCUCCCCACCUCCUCCACUCCUUCACCUCCCAAACCGUCUCCCCCCCCGUCUCCCUCUCCCUCCGCCAAUCCCCAACUCUCCUCACCGCCUCCAUCGCCUACCCUGUCUCCUCUCCCUUCCUCCCCUGGAAAUCCGGCCUCCAAGAACUCCGCCUCUCCCUCACCGGCGUCCUCCUCUCCUCCCGCACCGCCGUCGCGCACCCGCGCGCAGGAGAAAGCUCCGUAACCCCGAGUAUCCCCCGCCUCGUCCGCCAUUCCCGACCCACCGCGCUGAGCUACAGCCAUCCGUAUCUGCUCAUGGCACACCCAGAGAACACGUUGACAUUGUCGAUGGUCACGUCGACGCCGGAGGGGCUGGCGAUCUCCGCGGGGCGGGUACUCUGGGGGCAUUUAUCGGCAGUGACGGCGGCGCACGUGUCGCCAAAAGGGCGGGCGGUGAGCGUGGGACGGGGGGAGGAGGGGGAGGUGCGGGUGUGGGAGUUGGAGGGGUUCGGGGGGCCACGGGGGGCGGAGGACGCGACCAGUGUGAUUGUGGAUCCGGGGGUGGAGGGGCCGGAGGAGAUGUGUCCGGUGACGGCGGCGAGAUAUAAUCGGGUGCAGCUGUGGCUGGGGCAUGUGCCGCAGCCGGGGUGGGUGGGGUUUGAUGAGGAGAAUGUGGUGGUGUGGAAGGGGAGGGAGGAGGGGGGGCAGAAGGUGUUGAUAUACAAUUUUGCAUAG